GUGCGCAGGGAAAUGGCGGCGGCGGCGGCGGUAGCAGCCGUGGCGGUGGUGGUGGCGGCCGCUCUGCUGAUGGCCCCCGGGCAGACGCAGCCGCCCCGGGAGGGCCCUCCGGAGGGGAGCAGGGUCGGGUCUCACGGGGAAGCGGUGGAGCGGAACCCUCCGGGGCGGAUGGAUCAGGCCCUGCUGCUCGUCCGCAACGAGCUGUCCACGCAGGGCCUCCGCCUCUCCGCCCUCUCCGGCUCCUGCCACCAGUGCUUGUAUCAGUUCCUGACGUUUGUCCCACCGAGCAAUGAGAGCCUGACAAAGCCGGGCAUGGCGGUGGUCAUGGUGGAUACGCAGCAUCCACUCACCCUCCUCCUCAACGGUUCUGAGAGCGACCGAGAGCUCUGCAAGAUUCAGUAUCAUUUUGGAGAGUUUGGCAACUAUUCCCUUGUGGUAAAGACCCUAAGUACGAGCACCAAAACUGUUUCUUGUGACCUAGUCAUCAAUGAAGGCCCUGUCAACAGCUACCUCCCUAUUCUCUAUGCUUUCCUGGUUUACAUGGGGAUCCUUGCUAUCCUGAUUAUUGGGUGUCUUCUUAUGAAAAUUGAUCCAGUCAGAAACUGGGUUUGCAAGAAACUGAACCCCAGAGAAACUGAUCGUCUGAUUAAUUCUGAGCUCGGGUCCCCAAACACAACAGACUCCAUUAGCAGUGAUCCCAACCCACGUUUCUGGAGCUCAACCUCCUGGCAGCGGCUGCGUUCCCUGGACACCUUCCGAGGGCUCUCUCUUAUAAUUAUGGUGUUUGUUAACUAUGGAGGAGGAAAAUACUGGUUCUUCAAACAUGAGAGUUGGAAUGGAUUAACAGUGGCAGAUCUUGUGUUUCCAUGGUUUGUGUUCAUCAUGGGGACAUCAAUAUCGUUGUCAAUGAGCUCCAUGCUGAGGUGGGGAAGUUCCAAGUGGAAGCUGCUCAGGAAAAUCCUCUGGAGGAGUUUUCUGCUAAUCCUGCUGGGAAUCUUAGUUGUGAAUCCCAAUUACUGUCUUGGGCCUUUGUCCUGGGAUAAUCUGCGCAUUCCUGGGGUACUCCAGAGGCUGGGAUUCACAUACCUGGUGGUUGCUGCUCUUGAACUCCUGUUUACAAGAGCUGGGGCUGAGAGUGGGACAUUGGAGACCCGAUGUCCUGCUCUGCAGGAUAUUCUCCCUUACUGGCCACAGUGGAUUUUCAUUUUGGUAUUAGAAGGGAUUUGGCUCUGCCUCACCUUUUUGUUACCAGUGCCAGGUUGUCCCAGGGGCUAUCUUGGUCCUGGGGGCAUUGGAGACUUUGGAAACUACCCCAACUGCACUGGUGGAGCAGCUGGUUACAUUGAUCGUUUGCUUCUUGGAGAAAAGCAUAUAUAUCAGCAUCCCUCCUCAAGUGUGAUUUACCAAACAACAAUGCCAUAUGAUCCUGAAGGAAUUCUGGGGACCAUAAAUUCUAUACUUAUGGCAUUUUUGGGACUGCAGGCAGGAAAAAUUCUUUUGUUCUACAGAGAUGAUCACAAACAAGUUAUGGGUCGGUUCUUCGUAUGGAGCAUAAUAAUGGGAAUUAUUUCUGCCAUCUUGACAAAAUGUUCUAAAGAAGAAGGGUUUAUUCCCAUAAACAAGAACUUAUGGUCAAUAUCAUAUGUGACAACCAUGAGCUGCUUUGCCUUCAUCCUCUUAUUGCUGAUUUAUUACCUUGUGGAUGUCAAGAGGCUGUGGUCGGGUGCUCCAUUUUUCUACCCAGGAAUGAACUCAAUCCUGGUCUACAUUGGACAUGAAGUAUUUGAAAACUACUUCCCUUUUAAGUGGAAGAUGCAAGACAGCCAAUCCCACGCAGAGCAUCUGACUCAAAACCUCAUUGCAACAACUCUUUGGGUCAUAAUAUCAUAUUUACUUUACAGGAGAAAAAUAUUCUGGAAAAUCUGAUUAGGAAAAUGAGAUUGUCAAGGUGUAGUGGGCCUAGAUUCUGAUGGGGCAAGUGCAUAAGGUGGAUUAACCUGCAAUAUUGGCACGGGUGCUGCACUGCAUUACUAAAAAGGGAUACUAGCUCAAGUUUACAGUGCAUUGAAGUUGUCAUCAAGACUUUUAUGUGACUUAAGGGACAGUAUUUGCCUGUUUAGCAAUUUUUUGCCAGUUUAACUGCUGCAGUUACUCUUUGUCUUCUGUAUUUUGUAAAUAUUUUACUGAUCUUCCUUCUUCAGAUAGAGAAACUGAAUAUACUGCAACAGUUGGGUUUAUGAAAGGAACUGCAAGGGAUCUGGGUGGUGACUGUGGGGUGAUUGGUGUGGGACUGUGGUAACAGUCACUGCAUCUGACAAGGGACCCCCCAACUCAGGUGUUUGGGGUUUGUAUAUACCCUUGGUACCUGCCAUGUGCCUGUGCCACCCUGGCUCCUGGCACACACUUAACUCUGCCAUCUUUUUGACUCUAGAGCACUGGCAGCAUCCUCAGCCCUGCACUUUUGUCAGUGGUGCAGUGGGAAGCUCAGGGGGUACCUCUGUGCUACAGCAUGCUGCAGAAAGUGGUGAUUCAACUUACAAUUCUUUGUGUUUUUGGAUCAAAACCUUAGGUUUAGGAUUCUGCUAAAGGUCUCUACUACUGGUUUAUUAAUCAGCAUGCUACUGCUACAGUCUUAGCAGCCUGUCUGUGCAUGUUCUGGUCCUUUGUGUUACAUACCUCUAGCAUGGAUGAGGUCUGAGUUCCACAUGCUACACUCUAAGAGUGCAGAAAAGCCAGUUCCUAUUGACUUUGGUAACAUCCAAGUGAUUAUAUAAAAUCUGAUGAAACCAGUCCUCUUUAUAAAUGGAUUUAUGUAAGGGCCCUGGAUCUGAAAACCAGCAAUACAGAUAGAAUUUAGUAAAAAAGAAAGAAGUAGCAGACCAUUUCAAUGUAAGAUAACAGUUUUUGGAAACUUGGAAAAUUCACUCAUGCUGUGAUUUCCAAAUAAUUGCUAAUAAAAAGCUUAAAA